AUGGCUUCCAGCAAGGCACCGCUUCUGUCGAAGCUCACGCUUUCAAAUGGCAUGACCAUCCCUCAGAUCCAGCUGGGCCUCUACAUGAUGUCGCGCAGGGAGGCUACCCAGUCCGUCCGCUGGGCUCUGCUGGACGGAUACCGCGGCUUCGACUGCGCUCAAAUGUACCACAAUGAGCCAGAGGCCGGGAAGGCGAUUAGAACCUUUCUUUCGAACCCGGAUGACAACAAGGAGGGCUUGCGUCGCGAGGACCUCUUUUACACCACCAAGUUGGCCAGCUGCAACACCUCCUAUGACCAGGUGCGACGGUCCGUCAAGGCUUCUGUGGAUGCCUGCGGCCUCGGAUAUGUAGACUUGUUCCUGCUGCACAGUCCUUACGGCGGUAGAGAGGCACGAUUGACGAGCUGGAAAGCUCUCGAAGAUGCCGUCGACGAUGGAGAGAUCAGGAUGAUUGGAGUUAGCAACUUCGGCGUCGCGCACAUUGAAGAAUUGAUGGCCUCGAAUCCCCGGAUCAAGCCCGUGAUCAACCAGAUCGAGGUGCAUCCGUUCAAUACGCAGACGAACAUCAGGGAGACCUGCGCGAAGCACGGCAUCACGAUCGAGGCCUAUGCGCCUCUUGCGCGAGCUAUGCGGAUGAAGCACCCCAAGAUUGUACAGCUGUCUCAGAAGUACUCGUGCUCGCCAGCCCAGCUUCUGGUCAAAUGGAGCAUACAGCAUGGCAUGGUGACGUUGCCCAAGAGCACGCACCGCGAGCGCCUCGUUGAGAAUGCGGACGUGAGCGAACUUGUCAUUUCUGAGGAGGACAUGGUCGCCAUGGAUGGCCUCGAUGAGAAUCUCGUCACUGACUGGGACCCAACAGAGGCACCAUGA